AUAUGGAGAUCAAGCUAGCUGACUUCGGUUUCGCCGGUUCAUUUGAAGAUCCUUGGACAACUUAUCCUAUAAAAACUUCAGAGUACAGUGCUCCUGAACUUCUUUUUGGAUCACGUCGAUAUUCAAAGGAAGCUGAUAUGUGGUCUGUCGGUUGUGUAUUUGGAGAGAUGGUCACUGGGAAACCUGUAUUCCAGGGCAAAUCUCAAGAGGACCAAUUGAAGUCAACUUUUCGUUUGUUAGGUACCCCAACUGAGGAAUCCUGGCCUCGAUUGACUGAGAUAUGUAGUCGUAGGACGCUUUCAUGCUUUCCCAAAUGUGAACCAAUGAAGCUGGCAGUGAAGUUCUUUGGUUUUGAACCAGAAGGCAUUGAUCUUCUUUCCAAAAUGCUUUGCCUGGAUCCACGCAGAAGAAUUUCAGCUGCUCAUGCUCUUAAACAUGAUUACUUCAAAGAUUUCAAUCAGAGGGGCAGUAUUGUUAUCCAAACGAAACCACCCAGCAGGAUUUUAAAUGCAGAAGCGACGGGAAGUAGCAGCAGCCAGCAAUUUAAAAGAUUCUCAUAUUAAUGACCUCAGGGUGCAAUAGAAGGAAUAC